CUCCGCUUGAUGUUCACAACAUUUUGAGACAGCGAUUCAACUCAGCAUAUCUAAGAAGUUAUUGUCUAUUCCUAUUAACCGCAUCAUGACUGACACGUAUUUCAGAUUGGCUGACGCUUUGGAAAGCAGCUACAAGCCCGACUCUGUGGAAAUUGACUCUUGUAUGUACUGCCAUCACGUGGUCAAGACCAGUGACCAUGAUUCAGAGUGUGGCCUACAUUCAGGAAUCGACCUGGAGUUGUCCGAACAGCCACAAAACUUGCGUAAUGUGGUCAACCUCGUCAUUGCCUUGCACCGCAUGAAGAAAACCCAGAAAGUGCAGAGCACCGAGUUUACCGACGAUGAGCUAUGCAACAUAUUCUUGGAGAACUUGGUGGAAGAGUAUGUGACGCCGACAGUCCAUGAACGAACUCACAAGGCUGCCGACCACUACAACUAUAAAGGUCCGGUCCAAAAGUGCUACAUCUGUGACGAGUUCCAGAAGAGCCUGGUUCUGAAUAAAAGCUUCACCACCGAACUGCAGGCCAUCACACUCCAGGGAAACAACUUGAGCAGGAGAGUGGAACUGGAACUGUCCACAUACAAAGCCUCUGUCCCACGUGAGAGGGGCCAGCCUAUCGCCUUGGGGGUGGGGGGUAACCUCUACCUUUCAUGCACAUCUACCUCGGGGAAACCUGUCCUGGGCCUGGAGAUGGUGAACAAGGAGGACCUGAAUAACAUCAGUGGUGACAUGGAGCGAUUCCUGUUCAUCAAGACAGUCAGUGGCCAAACACUGACCAGCUUCGAGUCGGCCAAGUUCGAGGGCCAUUACAUCAGCACGUCCUACACUAAUAGACAGCGUGUGGACAUGUGCUUGACUCAGGACGCACCCAACCGCCUGACAUCGUUCAAGAUGAUCGUCCUGUGAUACUGCCUUUUCUGCCACGUACACCAAACAUCCAGAGAGUAUGUACUAUGUACAGCCCUGUGCCUGGGUGACAUGUGCUGGACUCAACGCAACCAACUAUCUGACCUUGUUUAAGAUGAUGUUUAACAAGUUAAGUAGAAGUUCAUAUUCCUAUGGAUGGCAGACACCUUAUUUAUUUGUAUUGAUGAUGUCACUGAAGUUGUAAUAUUUAUUUAAUUAUUUAAUGACACCGAGUUUGUUCCUUGAUUUUUUUAAAUUUAUAUAUUUAUUUAUUCUGUGUAUCUAUGUCUGCUUUGUAACGACUUCUAGUUCUUUUAUUUAUUGAAUUUGUGAGCAAUUACCAUCCUGGAGAAUCGUCUACCAUGAUUUCUUAAAUCAAACAGCAAAUAUUAGCUCAAGGGCUAUCUUUAAAAUAGUCAACGUAGAAGUGUUUAAGAUGAUGUUCUUAACAAGUUAAGUAGAAGUUCAUAUUCAUGUGGAUGGCAGACACCUUAUUUAUUUGUAUUGAUGAUGUAACUGAAGUUGUAAUACUUAUUUAAUUAUUUAAUGGCAUGGAGUUUGUUCCUUGAUUUUUUUAAUGUAUAUAUUUAUUUAUUCUGUGUAUCUAUGUCUGUUUUGUAAGGACUUCUAGUUCUUCUAUUUAUUGAAUUUGUGACAGAUGACCAUCCUGGAGAAUCAUCCACCAUGAUUUCUUAAAUCAAACAGCAAAUAUUAGCUCAAGGGCUAUCUUUAAAAUACUCAGCAUAGAAUAAUUGACAUUGAAUUUCAUGUCACAUCUGCAAUUAUUGUGGUUGGAAUGUAACUCUUCCAGAGCUGAUAAUACUGUUGUCUUUAGAAAUAUGAGCUAUUUUGAAAAUGAUGAAGGUGUUUUGUUUGCUUCGGUUUGCAUUCAAAAUAAAGGCUUUCGAGAAUCAGA